UUCGGGGCGGGAGCUCUUACGCUAGGGGGAAGGAGAAGGGAUCAGGAGCGGGAGCUGACUGGAGGGAGAGGCCGGUCCGGGUCUGGCCGCUGCCGCUGCUCGCCCGAGGUCUCCAGGCCGGGCUGCCGCUCGGUCCUCGGCUCCGGGGCACCGUCUGCGAGGCUCCGCCGGGCUAGCCGGGGAGACGCGGGCGGCUGCCGCUGCAUCAUGUCAGCCAAGGACGAACGUGCCAGGGAGAUCCUGAGGGGCUUCAAACUAAAUUGGAUGAACCUUCGGGAUGCUGAGACAGGGAAGAUCCUCUGGCAAGGAACAGAAGACCUGUCAGUCCCUGAAGUGGAGCAUGAAGCCCGUGUUCCCAAGAAAAUUCUCAAGUGCAAGGCAGUGUCUCGAGAAUUGAACUUCUCGUCAGCAGAGCAAAUGGAAAAAUUCCGCCUGGAACAAAAAGUUUACUUCAAAGGGCAAUGCCUAGAAGAAUGGUUCUUCGAGUUUGGCUUUGUGAUCCCUAACUCCACAAAUACCUGGCAGUCCCUGAUAGAGGCAGCACCCGAGUCCCAGAUGAUGCCAGCCAGCGUGCUAACCGGGAAUGUUAUCAUAGAGACAAAGUUUUUUGACGACGAUCUUCUUGUAAGCACAUCCCGAGUGAGACUUUUCUACGUUUGAGAGAAGAAUGUGUGCAUUCCAAGAAUUUGUUUUUUUGGGGGGGGAGGAGGAAACUGUUUACUCUUUUCCUCCACACAUUUGAUUUUUGACACUUCCACCCCUAAUUCUCCCUAUGACAAAACCCAGCUGAGGCCACCAGGGGACCAGCUCUGUGUAGGUAACCAGAUGGCAUUUUCCCCUCAAGCUGCCAUCUUCCACUGACCAGACUUAAUCCCCACCUCAGACCAGGGCAGAGGGUGUUGCCUCGACUCCUUCCCAGGGUAAACCCGAGGACAAACACAUACCACAAUCUGAUGCCGUUCCUGUCACUCUCCCUGCCUCCUCCUGCAGGGGGCACAUCUUCCUUUGGCCCCUGGUUUUGGAAAAAUUCAUGUUCUUGACCCAUGUUUAGUCUUUUCCUACUGUUUCUAUUUCAUACAUGCUCAUACAUUUAACUUGUAAAAUAGACUGUGAUAUUAUUAUUAUUAUUACAUAAUGAAUUGAAACAUAUGAAUUAAAAUAUUCCUACAGUCUUUAGCAUGGCA